UGAAUUGAGGUUCAAAGUUAAACGACACUCAAGAUAAUAAAAAUAAAUAUCAUUGAGUAAAAUAUUCAACUAAUAUUUUGAUUAAUAAAAAAAAAAAAAAAAUUAUCAACUUGUUUUUUAAAUUAAAUGUCAAUAUGUUAAUGAAAAUUCUUACGAUUUUUUUAUAUUCGAAUUGUUUAAUUUCAUGGUGUUAUUGUGAGACUGCUAAAAUUUUAAAUACCGAAACAUGUGAAAAUAAUUUACCACCAAAUAUAAUUAAAGAAAUUGAUAGCUAUGCACCAGUAGUUAAUAGAAUUAUAAAUGAAACAAUGUUUGGUACUUUUAAAGGAAAAACAUGGCAAGAACUUGCUGAUUUUACUGAUGAAUUUGGACCAAGAUUAUCCGGUACAAAAUCACUCGAAGAUGCAAUUGAUUAUGUACUUGAAAGAUCAAAGAAAUUUAAUCUUGAAAAUGUACACGGUGAAAAUGUUCAAGUACCAUACUGGGUCAGAGGAAAAGAGUCUGCAACUCUUUUAGAACCACGAAUAAAAAACAUUAAAAUGCUUGGAUUAGGAUACAGUGUUGGAACACCAAAUGAUGGUAUAACAGCAAAUGCAAUUGUGGUAGAAAGUUUUGAAGAACUUGAACAACGAGCUGACGAAAUACCUGGUAAAAUAGUUGUGUAUAAUGAAAAAUACACAACGUAUGGUGAAACAGUUAAAUAUCGAUCACUGGGUGCUGUUAAUGCAGCAAAAGUUGGUGCUGUUGCUGUACUUAUUAGAUCAGUAACACCAUUUUCAAUUUAUUCACCACACACUGGAAUGAUGAGUUAUAGCGACAAUAUUAAAAAAAUACCAGCUGCUUGUAUAACCAUUGAAGAUGCUGAGCUUUUAUCGAGAAUUGCUAAACGAGGAAAAAUAAUUAAAAUUAAUAUAAAAAUGGAAGCACAUCAAAUGCCAGAUGCUGAAUCAAGAAAUGUUGUUGCUGAAAUUGUUGGUAGUAGUAAAGCCAAAAAAAUUGUUGUUGUUUCUGGUCAUAUUGACAGUUGGGAUGUUGGACAAGGAGCAAUGGAUGAUGGUGGUGGUGCUUUUAUCUCAUGGAAUUCAUUAAUUCUAUUAAAAAGUCUGAAUCUUCGACCAAAAAGAACACUCAGAGCCAUCAUGUGGACAGCUGAAGAAAUGGGUAUAGUCGGUGCGGAUUACUACAUUAGCCAACACAAACUUGAAGAGCCAGAUCUUCAAUUUGUUAUGGAAUCAGACAUUGGUACAUUUACACCAAUGGGACUUGACGUAACUGGAUCACCAAUUGUUACUUGUAUACUCCAAAGAAUUCUGACCUUAUUAUCACCAAUGGCUUCAUUAAAAGUUCGUAGUCCAGGUACUGGUCCAGAUAUUGAAGGCUGGACAAAUGCUGGUGUACCAAGUGCUUCUCUAUGGAAUAAAAAUAAUAAAUAUUUUUGGUUUCAUCAUACCGAAGCCGAUACAAUGACUGUUGAAAAUUCAUCUGCUCUUGAUAUGUCAACAGCAAUAUUUGCAGCAACUUCUUAUAUACUUGCUGAUAUUAAUUUUAAUCUUCCUCAUCAACCACCGAAAUUAAACUGAUAUAAAAUAAAAAUUAUAAAUAAAAGAAACAAAAAAUUAAA